AAGAACACCCAUCAUGUGGAUCCCAUGGUAUCCUCUAUCGCACCUCAGCCUGGUUUCACAUCAUUUAAGAGCUCCAUCGUGAAUUCCUCAUCCCAACAAAGCAUCCCAGCCCGGUUCUCCUCUUCCCGAAAAGGACUCCAAUACAGCCCAACCGAAGCAAUUGAAGACAUUCCAGCCUGCAGCCGGUUCUCCCCGAUUCAGCCAACGAAGGAUAUUCGAAAUGAUGCUGUGAAGAGUCCCCAUUUCCCAUCGGAAUUUCCCUUGCAGUUCCAGCCGAAGAAGAUGAAGAGGAAGUUCAGCCUUUUUCCUCCUUUCCCGAAGCAAGAACCCAGCCGGUUCUUCUCCCAGGUUCUUCCCUUCCCGCAGAAGCUCCCAAACCGAAGAAAACCCACCCGGUUCCAAGCCCUCCAGCCGUUCCUUGAAGAAUCCCAAGAGGCAUCCCGUUCUUCUUCCCAAAGCAUUUCAAGCUCCAAGUCUUCUCCCCAGGUGGCUCUUUCCAACAUUCCAAAGUCAGCCACGUCUUCAUUAAAAUCCCAUCACAAGAUGUGCAACCGGCUUCUUCCCAAGAUCUACUCGGAGUCCACCGUGUGCCGAGACGAAAGGCGGCCCGUUCGACGAUCCCGGAUCUCAGGGCCUUCCUCCCUCUUCCAGGAUUCCAAGCGUCGUGUCGGUGAGACUCUUUCCACUUUUAUCAGGAGUAGAUCGUUAUUGGAUUUCUUCACAUCCUAUACUAGUGGUGAUUUUGGCAGUGUCAGUAUGGAAAAUGAUGGAGUAACUAAAAUUAUGGGCAUGGGAGAUAUUUGCUUGAAAACCGGCAUAAGAAGCAGAGAUGUUGUGUUUUUAGAAAAUCAAACUAUUAAAGAUUUUGAAAAGGUUGAAAAGCUAAAGUCUGUCAGUAGAAAUUAUAUUGAUCUAGGUCAAGUACCUCCAACCAUGAUGAAUGAUGACAAUAGAAAAUAUGUACAGGAAGAUGAUGGUGACACAGUUGAUGAGCACACACCUGACAAUGAUGUGCCAGAUGAGCAUGCUGAGCAAGCCUCUCCAGAACUACUAGCUGACCUCAGUUGA